UUUUAUUCUAGCAACAUUGGUUGUAGGCGGAGUGACGCGACUGCACGUCGAACGAACGAUUUUUCAUGAAAUUUCUUAGUAAAAGUGUUUGAAACGUGUAAAAUCAGUGUUAUUUUUAAGUCAAAGAUAAUUUGACGCUUCCAUCAUGGAACAGAUACCACCACCCAAAGAGGUGAAGAUCCUCGAGACAGCCGAGGAUAUUCAGGAGCGCCGUGAACAGGUGUUGAACCGCUAUGAAGACUUCAAGCAGGAAGCCCGCGCUAAGCGCGAGAAGCUGGAAGAUUCUAGAAGAUUCCAGUACUUCAAGCGCGACGCUGACGAGCUCGAGUCCUGGAUUCAGGAGAAGCUGCAGGCUGCCAGCGAUGAGAGCUACAAAGAUCCUACCAACCUUCAGGCCAAGAUCCAGAAGCACCAGGCCUUCGAAGCCGAGGUAGCAGCUCACUCCAACGCUAUCGUAGUACUUGACAACACCGGCAGUGAGAUGAUCACCGCCGGCCACUUCGCCUCCGAGACCAUCAGGCGUCGCUUGGAUGAGCUGCAUAGACUCUGGGAGUUGCUCCUCUCCCGGCUCGCUGAGAAGGGCAUGAAGCUGCAGCAGGCCUUGGUCCUGGUGCAGUUCUUGAGGCACUGCGAUGAAGUUAUGUUCUGGAUUCAUGAUAAGGAGACCUUCGUCUGCGCUGAUGAGUUCGGCUCUGACCUGGAACAUGUGGAAGUUCUCCAGCGCAAGUUCGACGAAUUCCAGAAGGACAUGGCAGCUCAGGAGUACCGUGUCACCGAGGUCAACCAGCUGGCUGAGCGACUGGUCCUUGAGGGGCACCCGGAGAGAGAGACUAUUGUUAAGAGGAAGGAUGAGCUGAACGAAGCAUGGCAGCGUCUCCGUCAGAUGGCGCUGAUGCGUCAGGAACGUCUCUUUGGCGCUCACGAAAUCCAACGUUUCAACCGCGACGCCGACGAGACCAUCGCCUGGAUCUCCGAGAAGGAUGUCGUGUUGGGAUCCGAUGAUUACGGCAGGGAUCUUGCUACUGUACAGACUUUGCAGCGUAAACACGAGGGCGUAGAACGAGACCUAGCAGCUCUAGAAGACAAGGUUUCAACCCUGGACGGCGAGGCAGCCCGCCUGGCCGCCAUCCACGCGGACCACGCGCCCGCCAUACACGCCAAGCGCGACGAGAUCACGCUCGCUUGGCAGAAGCUCGUGCAGAAGGCUAAGGAGCGUCGUUCUGAACUGGAGUCGUCUCACGCCCUGCACCGCUUCCUGGCCGACUACCGCGACCUGAUGUCGUGGGUCAGCGACAUCCGCGCCCUCAUCGCUGCUGAUGACCUGGCCAAGGACGUGCCUGGCGCCGAGGCUCUGCUGGAAAAGCACCAGGAGCAUAAGGGCGAGAUGGACGCUCGUUCCGACGUGAUCCACGCCUGCGCUGCAGCAGGCCAGGCCCUGGUGGAGAGCGGUCACCGAGCUUCUUCCGAAGUGUCGGCAGCACUGGAGAACUUGGAGCGCGAGAGCUCAGCGCUGCAUCAGCUGUGGGAGCAGCGCCGCGUGCUGUACCUGCAGUGCAUGGAUCUGCAGCUCUUCUACAGGGACACCGAGCAGGCUGAUGCCUGGAUGCACAAGCAGGAGGCUUUCCUCGCGAACGAAGAUGUUGGCGACUCCUUAGACUCUGUGGAAGCCUUGCUGAAGAAACACGAGGACUUCGAGAAGUCGCUGGUAGCUCAGGAGGAGAAGAUCAAAGCCUUGGACGAGUUCGCCUCCAAGCUUAUUGAAGGACAGCAUUACGCUGCCGACGAUGUCGCCCAGAGGAGGGAGAUGUUGCUGGAGCGUCGUGCAGCUUUGCUUGAGAAGUCCAGCCAACGCCGUGCAUUGUUAGAAGAUGCUUACAAGUACCAGCAGUUCGAACGCGACUGUGACGAGACCAAGGGCUGGAUCAACGAGAAGCUGAAGUUCGCGACAGACGACUCGUACCUGGACCCCACGAACCUGAACGGCAAGGUGCAGAAGCAUCAGAACUUCGAGCAGGAACUGCAGGCAAACAAGCCACGCAUUGAUGAGAUCACCAUCACUGGCUCCAAGCUGCUGGAGCAGGAGCACUUUGCUAAACCUCAAAUUGAGGCCCGCGUAGCUGAACUGGGCGGCAUCUGGGAGAAGCUGGCAGCAGCUUCAGAGCUGAAAGGCAGCAAGCUUCAGGAGGCGGCGGCUCAGCAGCAGUACAACCGUGCCGUUGAGGAUAUUGAGCUGUGGCUGUCUGAGGUGGAGGGCCAGCUGCUCAGCGAGGACUAUGGCAAGGACUUAACCAGCGUACAGAACCUUCAAAAGAAGCAUGCUCUGUUAGAAGCCGACGUGAGCUCGCACGCGGAACGUAUCGACGCCAUCCGCACUCAGGCCGAACAGUUCAUCGAGAGGGGACACUUCGAUGCUGAUAAUAUUAAGACUAAGAGGGAUGGCCUAGUCGGUCGUUACGCAGCCCUGGACAAGCCGAUGGCGAUCCGCAAGCGUCGCCUGCUGGACUCGCUGCAGGCGCAGCAGCUGUUCCGAGACCUGGACGAUGAGGCCGCCUGGAUCCGGGAGAAGGAGCCUAUCAUCGCCUCUACUAACAGAGGUCGCGACCUAAUCGGCGUACAGAACCUAAUGAAGAAGCACCAAGCCGUGAUGGGCGAGAUGGCGCAGCACGAGGCGCGCGUGGAGGCCGUGCGCGCCGCCGGCGCCGCGCUGCGCGACGCGGGCCACUUCGCCGCCGACCACAUCGCGCAGCGCCUGCAGCAGCUGCAGCAGCAGUGGACGCAGCUGCAGGAGAAGGCCGCACAGCGCAAACAAGACCUAGAAGACUCUCUCCAAGCCCAGCAGUACUUCGCCGACGCCAACGAGGCGGAGUCCUGGAUCCGCGAGAAGGAGCCCAUGGCCAACACGCAGGACUACGGCAAGGAUGAAGACUCUUCCGAGGCCUUGCUGAAGAAACACGAGGCCUUGCUGUCGGAUUUGGAGGCCUUUGGCAAUACGAUUAAGGGCUUGAGGGAGCAGGCUGAUGGGUGCAGGCAACAAGAGUCCCCGGUGGUGGACGUGUCGGGCAAGGAGUGCGUGGUGGCGCUGUACGACUACGCGGAGAAGUCGCCGCGCGAGGUGUCCAUGAAGCGCGGCGACGUGCUCACGCUGCUCAACUCCAACAACAAGGACUGGUGGAAGGUGGAGGUGAAUGACCGCCAAGGCUUCGUGCCGGCCGCCUACGUGAAGAAGAUCGACGCCGGCCUCUCCUCGUCUCAGCAGAACCUUGCUGACUCCAGCUCGAUUGCUGCCAGGCAAAACCAGAUUGAAGGGCAGUAUGACAACUUGCUGGAGCUGGCGCGCGAGAGACAGAACAAGCUCAAUGAGACCGUCAAGGCUUACGUGCUGGUCCGCGAGGCCGCUGAACUCGCCACAUGGAUUAAGGAUAAGGAGAUGCACGCCCAAGUGCAAGACGUGGGCGAAGACCUGGAACAAGUGGAGGUGAUGCAGAAGAAGUUCGACGACUUCCAGAACGAUUUACGUGCUAACGAGGUCCGCCUCGCCGAGAUGAACGAGAUCGCCGUGCAGCUGAUGACGGUCGGACAGACAGAAGCUGCGCUCAAGAUUAAGACGCAGAUGCAGGAGCUGAACUCCAAAUGGACAUCUCUGCAACAACUGACCGCCGAACGCGCCGCCCAGCUGGGCUCCGCUCACGAAGUCCAGCGCUUCCACCGCGACGUCGACGAGACCAAAGACUGGAUCGCCGAGAAGGAGGCUGCCCUUGCCACCGAUGACCUCGGCAAGGAUCUGCGUUCUGUGCAGACAUUACAGCGCAAACACGAGGGUCUCGAGCGCGACCUAGCAGCCUUAGGCGACAAGAUCCGUUCCCUGGAAGACACGGCCAACCGUCUGAUGUCCACUCACGGCGACUCAGCCGACGCCACGUACAGCAAGCAGCGCGAGAUCAACGAGGCGUGGCAGCAGCUGCAGGCGCGGGCCAACGCGCGCAAGGAGAAGCUGCUCGACUCCUACGACCUGCAGAGGUUCUUAUCCGACUACCGCGAUCUCAUGGCCUGGAUCAAUUCCAUGAUGGCACUGGUCAGCUCAGACGAGCUGGCCAAUGACGUCACCGGCGCCGAAGCCUUGCUGGAGAGACACCAAAGCCAGCGCUUGGAGAUAGACGCGCGGUACGGCAUAAUGCCGCAGGAACACCGCACGGAGAUGGACGCUCGCGCCGGCACCUUCCAAGCGCUGGAGCUGUUCGGGCAGCAGCUGCUGCAGGGUGGCCACUACGCCAGCGUCGACAUACAGGAGAAGCUCAACAACAUGAGCGACGCCCGCCAGGAGCUGGAGAAGGCUUGGGUAGGCCGCCGCAUGAAGCUCGACCAGAACUUAGAGCUGCAACUCUUCUACCGCGACUGCGAGCAGGCUGAAGGCUGGAUGGGUGCCCGCGAGGCUUUCCUCUCCCCCACCUCCAAGGACCAGGACGCGGCCGAUGCCGCCGACUCCGCGCAGCCGGAUAACGUGGAGCAGCUGAUUAAGAAGCACGAGGACUUCGAUAAGGCUAUUAAUGCUCAUGAAGAGAAGAUAGCUCAGCUGCAGACCUUGGCCGACCAGCUGAUGGCGUCGGAGCACUACGCGGCUGAUGACAUCGACGGCAAGCGCCGCCAGGUGCUCGACCGCUGGAGGCAUCUCAAGGAGGCGCUCAUUGAGAAGCGAUCCAGGUUGGGAGAUGAACAGACCCUACAGCAGUUCUCGCGCGACGCCGACGAGAUGGAGAACUGGAUCGCCGAGAAACUGCAGCUCGCUACCGAAGAGAGCUACAAGGACCCAGCCAACAUCCAGUCUAAGCACCAGAAGCACCAGGCCUUCGAAGCGGAGUUGGCUGCUAAUGCUGAGCGUAUCCAGUCCGUGCUGGCCAUGGGCGGCAACCUCGUGCAGCGCGGACAGUGCAGCGGCAGUGAGGAUGCUGUACAGGCUCGCUUAGCAUCGAUCGCAGACCAGUGGGAGUUCCUGACACAGAAGACGACAGAGAAGUCUCUCAAGCUGAAGGAGGCCAACAAGCAGAGGACAUACAUCGCCGCUGUCAAGGAUCUCGACUUCUGGCUCGGAGAGGUUGAAAGCUUAUUGACAUCGGAAGACUCCGGCAAGGAUUUGGCUUCCGUACAGAAUCUCAUGAAGAAGCACCAGCUCGUGGAGGCCGAUAUCCAGGCUCAUGAGGAUAGGAUCAAUGACAUGAACGCUCAGGCCGACGCGCUGGUAUCGUCGGGUCAGUUCGACAGCGCGGGCAUCGGGUCGCGGCGCGCCGCCAUCAACUCGCGCUUCCAGCGCGUGCGCAACCUCGCCGCGCACCGCCGCGCCCGCCUGCACGAGGCCAACACGCUGCACCAGUUCUUCAGAGAUAUCGCUGAUGAGGAGUCAUGGAUUAAGGAGAAGAAACUCCUCGUCGCAUCAGACGACUACGGCCGCGACUUAACCGGCGUACAAAACUUACUCAAGAAGCACAAACGCCUAGAAGCCGAGCUCGCCAGCCACGAGCCCGCCAUCCAAGCAGUCCAAGAAGCUGGAGAGAAACUCAUGGAUGUCUCCAACCUAGGAGUGCCGGAGAUCGAGCAGAGGCUCAAGGCUCUGUCCCUGGCUUGGGAUGAGCUGCAGGCCUUGGCCGGAGAGAGAGGCGCCAAGUUACAGCAGUCGCUAGCCUACCAGCAGUUCUUGGCGAAGGUUGAUGAGGAGGAGGCCUGGAUCAGCGAGAAGCAACAACUAGUAGUAGUAGGCGAGUGCGGCGACAGCAUGGCUGCCGUCCAGGGUCUGCUGAAGAAGCACGAGGCUCUGGAAGCCGAGCUGGCGGCCCGCGGGGAGAGAGUGCGGGAGCUGCAGGCUGAUGGAGAGCGACUCCUGGCUGCUGGCAACUUGCAUGCUGAUGCUCUGUCACACCGCAUUAGGGCACUACAGGCCAAACUAGAAAAACUGACUGGCUUAGCAGCCCGUCGUAAGGCAGCCCUGGUGGACAACUCGCUGUACCUGCAACUGCUGUGGAAGGCCGACGUGGUGGAGUCGUGGAUCGCCGACAAGGAGACGCACGUGCGCUCCGACGAGUUCGGCCGCGACCUGUCCACUGUGCAGACCCUGCUUACCAAGCAGGAUACCUUCGAUGCUGGUUUGACCGCAUUCGAGCACGAAGGCAUCCAGAACAUCACCUCCCUCAAGGAACAACUGGUAGCCGCGAACCACGAGCAGACACCCGCCAUCGUGAAGCGCCACGGCGACGUGAUCGCUCGCUGGCAGCGCCUGCUGGCCGACUCGGCCGCCAGGAAGCAGCGUCUGCUCCAGCUGCAGGACCAGUUCCGGCAGAUCGAGGAGCUGUACCUCACCUUUGCUAAGAAGGCGUCAGCGUUCAACUCGUGGUUCGAGAACGCGGAGGAGGACCUGACGGACCCGGUGCGCUGCAACUCCAUCGAGGAGAUCCGCGCCCUCCGCGACGCGCAUGCGCAGUUCCAGGCGUCGCUGUCAUCAGCUCAGAGCGACUUCGAGGCGCUGGCGGCGCUGGACGCGCAGAUCAAGUCGUUCAACGUGGGCGCCAACCCCUACACCUGGUUCACCAUGGAGGCGCUCGAGGAGACCUGGCGCAACCUGCGCAAGAUCAUCGCUGAGCGCGACGUGGAGCUGACAAAGGAAGCACACAGACAGGAGGAGAACGACAAGCUGCGCAAGGAGUUCGCCAAGCAUGCCAACGCCUUCCACCAGUGGCUCACCGAGACGCGGUACCGGCUGCUAGGCUGGGACGGCACCUCUAUGAUGGAGGGCACGGGCUCCCUGGAGCAGCAGCUGGCCACGCUGCGCACUCGCGCUGGCGAGGUACGCGCGCGCAGGGCUGACCUACGACGUCUUGAGGAACUAGGCGCAGCCCUAGAAGAGCACUUGAUCCUGGACAACCGGUACACGGAGCACAGCACGGUGGGGCUGGCGCAGCAGUGGGACCAGCUCGACCAGCUGUCCAUGCGCAUGCAGCACAACCUCGAGCAGCAGAUACAGGCCAGGAACCACUCCGGUGUAAGCGAGGACGCGCUGAAGGAGUUCUCGAUGAUGUUCAAGCACUUCGACAAGGACCGGUCGGGCCGCCUCAACCACCACGAGUUCAAGUCCUGUCUCCGCGCGCUCGGGUACGACCUGCCCAUGGUUGAGGAGGGACAACCUGAUCCUGAGUUCGAGGCUAUACUUAAUGUGGUAGACCCGAACCGCGACGGGCAGGUUUCCCUCCAAGAGUACAUGGCGUUCAUGAUCAGCAAGGAGACAGAGAACGUGCACUCUUCCGAGGAGAUAGAGAACGCCUUCCGAGCCAUCACGGCACACCAGGACCGGGCCUAUGUCACCAAGGAUGAACUUUAUGCUAACCUGACGAAGGAGAUGGCGGACUACUGCGUGGCCCGCAUGAAGCCGUUCGUGGACAACAAGACGGAGCGGCCCAUCCCCAACGCGCUCGACUACAUCGACUUCACGCGCACGCUGUUCCAGAACUAAACGCCCACCGCGCAGUACUGCGCACUAUUUAUCGCAUUAAACCACUAACUAAA